CCUGUGGCAAUGGUGUCAACUCUCGACAUCGAUGAGCCGGCAGAAAGAGUUGCAGAGGAGGAGGACGAAGACGAGGAAGAGGAGGGAGGCCUCCAGAGGAAGAUGGCAAAACUCCAAGCAGCCAUGGUUGACCGCAAUGAGGAAAUUGAGCUUUUGCAACAAUACAAUAGGAAACUUUAUAACAAGUACAAAAACCAGGAGCAAAGUUUCAACAGAACCAUGCUGCAAGCAAGAAUGCUUGGCGCUGAUCAGCUCGAGGGCUGCUCGCCCCAGCAGACAUCUCAAGCGGGGUCUUCCUCUAGGACAACCGGCAUCAAGUUAAGAAAGUUGCCAUUCCCAGGCCACGUCAAGGUCCUCAACAACCUCCUGGAGGAAUUCAGGAAGCUGCAGACGGGCCCCAGACCUACUCCAAAGAGGCUGAACAAUGUAGAAUCUAAAAUGUCCAGAGUAAACCACUUUGUGGCCUGGAUGAGCCAAGGCAUGCGUCGACUGUCCAAGCUCAAAUUCCUGGGGCAGCUCGACCGUCUGCAGGGUGUUGGAUUUUUGAGAGAGACCCCACCUCGGUCCUCAUCUAUCACCAAGGAGGACCUCUUUAAGGUGAUCAGGGAGCUGACGUCAUCAAUCAAGUCCUGGGAUCGGCCUCUUGCCCUUCACGCCAUGCGUGUGAAGGAGAAGAAGGAGGCUACCCUUCACUCCGUGGAGGAGCUUUGCGAGUGA